GAGAGCGCGAGCGAGAGAGAGAGAGAGAUAGAUAGAGAGAGCUUCACUAAAAACUCAGUUGCUAUCACAGGAGUAAAGGUCAAGAUUAAACAGCAUAUGAAUUGUUUUCCUUACAAGACAGCUAGCUAAACUAACCGAACAUUUUCCCUAGUAAAGUAGACAUAUUUUCUUGGCCAAAUCUUUAGGUCAGCCAUGACACUGCAGGCCUUCUCUUUCCCUUUCCCUGAAACACGAUUCUUCAAAGCUGGUAGUUUUAUCUACAAGUUCAAGAUUCGAGGGGGGGACAGCUACAGUGGAGAGGAGGUGGUUGGAAACGGCUUCAAUCAGGAACUGGAGGACAUCAUCAGAACUGUUCUCGGCAACCUGGACAAUCUCCAGCCCUUCUCGAGUACCCACUUCAAUAUCUUCCCUUAUAACAAGCGGUGGGAGGGACUACCUAAGGUGAUGUGCAAACAUGGUGAGAAGAAGCUGAAAGCCUACCCAUUUAUUCUCAUCCUCUACCUGGAGAAGAACAUGCUGAAUGGAAAACAAGCAGAAGAAACGCUAAAUCCAGCGAAAGAGAGAGUGCAGCACUCCUCUGAUUCUGAGCCGCAGUCAAAGCGCUUUAAGACAGAUUCACCACUAGAGGAGGCCAUACUAAAGGACUUGAUGAUGGACUUGGAGGCUGAAAGCAAGGUUUCAGUGGCGUGCAGGCUGCACAUGGACAAUCCACAUGCCGAGGGAGAGGUCAAAGACGAUCCUGGACUUGCUGACAAGAAAGGGACGGAGGGGUUUGACAAACCCCAGCUGAAAUCAGGUGUUGACAUGAUCAGAGGAAGUGGGACUCCAGGUGAAGUGCAGCCUGGGACAUCACAGGACAUGAGAGAGGAGGAAGGAGAACAUGCAGACCCAAGGAGGUCUGGGAUUCUGGCUCGACUGGCCAGCUAUAUCUUCCCCUUCUCCUUGUUCUUCAGAGACCCCUGAGAGUUGUGUCAGAGAGACAGGAGGGUCUCACUGGUUCCAGUGGUGAAGCCUCACUCGGGUUUUUUUGGUUUCUUCUCUGAGCAUAAACAUGUGUUUUGAUUUCUCCACGAACAAAAUUGUAUAGAUUUGUUAGUUUUCUUCAUCCACCAUUGAUUGUCUGUCAGUAGAGGUUUUUCCAUCUCCCUAAGGUUUCUUGUUGUACUCUGAUCACACUCCCAUUACACUGAUUUGUUCUAAAAUAGGAAUUAUUGCUACAGAGAUGGAGAAUCUUUUCUACACCAUCUUUUUGUUGUAGCUUAAUAAAUAAAUGUUCUUCCCC